AUGAGACCUGAUUUAUUUAAGGCUACUGUAGCUGGAGUACCAUUUGUAGAUGUUGUGACUACAAUGCUUGGUCCAACUAUUCCUCUUACAACUGCAGAAUGGGAGGUUGUCAAGAGUGAUAUUCAGGAUGUGAUUGAUAAAGAUGGUGAGGGGUUCACUAUGGUCACAAAAAAAGCUGGAAAUGUAGGGACUGUUGUUGUGAAGGGGUACGGUACAGGUGAUAUUCAUCCUAAUGUUUCUGGAAGCAAAGGUAGUAAUUGGAAUGGAGGGAAUAACAAAAGAGGAAGCCAUAAUAGUGUUAAUAAGGGUAAUAAAGGUUGGAAUAACAUAAGUCAUAGUGGGAAUUGGAAUAGGGGGAGUGCUAGCCAUUGGAAUCAUCAAAAGAAACAGGAGUUUGUUGCUGCAAAUAAUAAAUCUUUCAUUGUAGAUAAGCAGGGGCAUAAUGGGGAAGAGAGUGUGGAUUCUAGGAAAAAAGAGGAAAAAGUGGAGAAGGGAAAGGAUUUUAAGGGUAGCCAAAUUAUAAAUCUUUCAUUGUAG